AUGCUACGUAUAGAGCCACUAAAAAUAAUAACACAACCACCAUUAAGUUAUGAUGAAACACUUAAUCCAGACACAAUUUACCUUAGUGAUUUGAUUAGUAUUAGUCGACAUGAAGGAACAAAACCCAUUCAAUUUCGUUCAACAAAUAAAACAACUGGUAAAGAUAAACAAGCAUCAAAACAAGAUACAUCUGCUAGUAAAGAUCAACAAAUGAAAAUGAAUUCGAAAACAAUUCAAUCUACAUAA